CCAAAACAUUAACAAACUAUUGGAAUUUCUAAACGCUGAGUUUUAAGUCAAAUUCAAGUUGGAAAAACAGUCAUUGAAAUAGUUGUGGAAGAUCGUGUUGUCAACGAAUAAGCAAAGGAAUUUUAGGGUUGUGUUUAAAAGUUAAUAAUUUGCUUGGGUAGCAAAAGUUAAGCAAGCAAGAGAUAAAAAGGAGUGGUAAGGAAGUUUAGUGCGUGAAUUUGUAAAAACGCAAGAAUAGAAUAAGUGGAGUUAUAUCGAAAACUGCAAAAUUUCCGCUUGGGGGAAAAGUUGUUGUUGUUGUUGUUGUUGGUAGGGAGAGUCAAAACGUCAACGGCAAGAAGAUUAACCAACUAAAUACACUAUACAACAGCCAACCACUUGGUCUAUUCAUUGAGUCAGUCAGUCAAUAAGGACAGCAGAGAAGUGCAGACGACACAAUAAGUUAUUACUACGAAUACGCUAUAGUCAGCUAUUGAGUGUGCAGUAAUAAACAGAGAAAAAAGACAACAAUAAAAAUAAUACAGAAAAAAAAGUAAUAAUUAUACCAAUACCACAACAAUGGCAGUCAACGUGUACUCCACAAAUGUGACUACCGAAAAUUUAUCCAGACAUGAUAUGCUCGCUUGGGUAAACGAUUGCCUGCAAGCGCAAUUUGGUAAAAUUGAAGAGCUUUGCACUGGCGCUGCUUACUGCCAGUUUAUGGAUAUGUUGUUUCCCGGCUCGGUGCCAAUGAAAAGAGUCAAGUUUCGCACAAAUUUGGAACAUGAAUAUAUUCAAAAUUUUAAAAUCUUGCAAGCAUCUUUUAAAAAGAUGGCAGUUGAUAAGAUUAUACCAGUCGAUAAGUUGAUUAAAGGUCGUUUCCAAGAUAAUUUUGAAUUUUUGCAAUGGUUCAAAAAAUUCUUCGAUGCAAAUUACGAUGGGCGCGAAUAUGAGCCACUCAUAGCACGCAGCGGCGUAAAACUUGGCAAUGGCAUUGGUGGUGGUGGCGUCGGCGUUGGCGGCGGCGGCAGUAGUGGCCGAGGCAGUAGCAACGAUUUACUCGAGAAGCGACACAUACAAAUGCCAAAUCGAACACAUGCGCUACCACCGGCUGCAGUACAACGCACUACCGGCAGGCCGGAUCGUGGUGGAGUUUCUAAAGUACCACCGCGCGCCGCAGCACCAGUCGUAACUAAAUCAGUUGCCGUGAAUAAUACCACCGGUGCAGUUAAGAAGUCUGGCGACUCGUCCAAUGCAGUGUCGAACCAACAAAUCGAGGAAUUGUCCAAUCAGGUCAUGGAUAUGCGUUUGAACUUGGAGGGUUUGGAGAAGGAGCGAGAUUUCUAUUUCUCAAAAUUGCGUGACAUAGAAAUACUCUGCCAAGAAGCAGCAGAAGGUGACCCGCAUCCUUUAAUACAGAAGAUUUUGGAUAUUAUGUAUGCGACCGAGGUAAAGCGCAACACUUCUGAUGGUUUUGCGCCUCCGGAUGAAAUUCCGCCCGAGGAUGAGGAGUAUUAAAAGCAACAACUCACAAGGAGGAUUAAUUAAAGAACUGCAAAUAAACAGAAACUGAGCAAAACNAAAAAAAAAAAAAAAAAAAAAAAAAAAAAAAAAACAAAAAACAAAUGUUUAUAAAAAUUAAAACAAGAAUUUAAGCAUAAUAAACUAUGUUAAACAUGAUCGAUAAAUGUUGAAAAUAUUGAUGUACUCAAUGACAAUUUAGAAUGGCAAGUUACGGCUACGGCUAUAACAUAAAAUAUAAAACUGAAGAAUCAAACAUAAGGAAGAAGAAGGAGUAUCUAUAAACUAAAAAAAAAAA